AUGCUUGACCCUCCAGAUUACCCGCCAUUUCCCGUCAACGCCCAUCAGGUUCACUACCUUGUCGAGCACGGCUUUAUCGAUUUCCCCAGUAUUCGACGAGACACCAUCGAGGACAGGAACAAAGCAGACGCUUUCGUCCGUAUCCUUACAUCCAUCCAAAUGCUCUGGUUCACCCUUCAAUGUAUCGGCCGCGCCAUUCAGCAUUUGAAUGUCUCUAUGCUCAAGCUGGACGUCGUUGGUAUCGUGUUGUGCACGUUUCCAAGGUCUUACUUCUGGUUCCACAAGCCGUUGGACGUUGGUACGACAGUGACUCUAUAUCUCGAAGGAUCACUAGAACUGAGAGAUAUACUGGUACUAGCAGAGGGUGUAGCCAUGCGACCUUCCGAACUCACUCCGCUCGAUUUCAUUAAUCUGCCUCCGGAUCCCUAUCAGAUCUUGACCCUAUCAUGUGGGGCCUGGAGCACUUGGUUCGUCUCGGUACAAACUCUGCACAUGUGCCAAUCACCCGAUUCAAGAACACGUCACGGAUGA